UCGGCUGUUCCUGAAGAGAUUCGACCAACAUGUUGCUGUUCAUCGCUCUGUUGCUUCACGCCUUAUCCGGCUUUGUUACUAGCAGUGCUUCUAUAGAUUGCCAAAGCAGUACUAAUAAUAUGUUUGAACCCCCUGCUGAUUACAACGGACAUCGGUAUUAUCAAUCUACCUACUACUACCUAGACGCGCAACAAGCGGAAAGGAUGUGUUUGUCGUGUGGCUGGUACCUGGCAGAAAUCAACACCGAAGGUGAAUUCAGGUUUGUGCAAACCCUGGCCAGGAAUAAAAACACUGAAGGUCUGCUGCUUUCUGGAAAUGAUAUGACCAAGGAGGGCUAUUGGGUGUUUCAGACCAGCAUGGAACCUGUCAAAUUUUUUGACUGGUCGACUGGAAAUCCGUCCAACUACCAAGGUAAAGAACAUUUUAUGUCCAUCCAUCGAACGUACAACUACCAAAUGAAUGAUGUGUCUUUUGAACCGCCAGGCAACUAUAAGUUUUUGUGUGAAAUGUAGAUUAAGUCGGGAUAUGAGGUUGACCGAUGAGAUAAUAAUAUGACUUG